UGUCAUGUCUGGAAAAUGUCCUAGUUUCCGGUUUUAGCCUUAUGAAUAUAAAUUGUUAGCGUCUUUUGUCAGAAAAAACUCAACAAUUUUCGUCUUAAUCGUCAUUUAAACAUAAGUUCAGACUCAUGGAAGUCCUCAAGAACGCAGAACUAAAAUUCACAGCCGAUGCUCCACAAUUGCGCGUCUGCAGGGAAAAAAAGGAGGAGAAAACAUUUCUGGAUAAGGAGCGGCCAAAGAUCAAUGAGGAAGAGGAGGAGGAGGAGGGGGAACUCUGCAGCAGCCAGGAGGAAGAGCAGCUGUUCUUGAAGCAGGAGAUCAAAUCUGAAUGUGAUGAAAUUAUUGUAGUCCAGUUUGAAGACCCAUCAGAUAGAAAUAUCUAUGGGGAGGAGGAGACUGAUGAUGAGCAGCUUCUCUGGAAGCAGGAGAGGAGCUCCAGUCUGGAUGAAGAGGAACCAGAGCUUCCACUGAUCAAAGAGGAGGAGGAGGAGCACUUCAUCAGUGAGGAAGCAGAUCAGCUUGAACUGAAGCAGGAAAAUGAUGCUUUCAUGGUCACUGAGGAUGAUCAGGAAAACAUGGACUCCAACCCAGAACCAAGUGAGAACCCAGUUCUGGAAGGAAGCACUGGUAUAAGAAACAGUGAUACUGUGGACUCUCCUUCACAUGAGAGCUUACAUUGGUGUGGAACAUGUGGAAAGGUUUUUGCCAAACGUCGUAAUUUGACAAUUCACAUGAGAAUACACACGCGUGAAAGGCCUUCUUGUGAAAUUUGUAAGAAAACUUUUUGCCACGCAAAUAGUUUGCUGUGUCACAUGAGAACGCACACAGGUGAGAGGCCUUUUACCUGUGAAGUGUGUGAAAAGGGUUUCAUCAAAAGCAUUCACUUAAAAGUGCACAUGAGAACUCACACGGGAGAAAGGCCUUUUACCUGUGAAGUGUGUGAAAAAACCUUCAUUAAAAGUAGUCACUUUAAAGUCCACAUGAGGACUCACACAGGCGAGAGGCCUUUUACCUGUGAAGUGUGCGAAAAAACUUUCAUUAAGAGUUGGCAAUUACAAGUCCACAUGAGAACACACACAGGUGAGAGACCUUUUACUUGUGAACUAUGUGAAAAAAGUUUCACACAAAGUUGUCAAUUACAAGUUCAUAUGAGAACCCACACAGGUGAGAGGCCUUUUACCUGUGAGGUAUGUCAAAAGAGUUUCACUAAAAGUAUUCACUUGAAAGUCCACAUGCGAGCUCACACAGGAGAGAGGCCUUUUACUUGUGAAGUCUGUGGAAAAAGUUACACACAAAGUAGUCAUUUAUCAGUUCACAUGAAAACACACACUGGUGAAAGGCCUUAUACUUGUGAAAUUUGUGAAAAAAGUUUCAUUAAAAGUAGUCACUUUAAGGUCCACAUGAGAACUCACACAGGUGAGAAACCUCUUACUUGCAAAGCAUAAAACGUUUCAAAAUAGAUCCUUAAAGGUUCACACAGGUUUUUGACCUCACACAUGUGAGAAGCCUGUCUCUGCUGAAAUGUACACAUUAUGUACACAUGAGCAGAUGAAAUGUGUUAUUCUUGUAAAAAGUGUAAAAAGUUUUCUUUUAUUCUCUUCACAAACUGUCGACAAAAGAAAUCCCUCAAAUGAGAAUAUUAUUCUCUGUAAAUUUUGUGGAAUCUGUGUUAACGAAAGUGAAGCUUUGACGGCUUAUAUCAAAGUUCACACAUCUGAGGAACGGAACCAUAGUUUUAUAACCCAGAAAGUUACAUUGUUGUUCAAUCUUCAGAUUGUUCCAAAAAGUUCUGUUUGUGAAGGUUCACAAUUAGUCAAUGGACAAGACAGGGUUUCUUGCAAGAUCUUUUAAUGUUUUUUUUUUUUGUUUUUUGUAAAGGAAGAUUUAAAAAAAAAAGUACAAAAACAGAAAAGUUUCAAAUCUAAAGUAAUUUGGGCCCAACUGAAAAAAUAACGAAAUGAAACAAAACAUGUGGGCCUAAACUGAACAGGCCUGACCAGACUCAGACUCAUCCCCUGCCUUGACUCACUGGGGAAGCUUUAUAGACAGGGACAAACCAUACUGGACACAUGAGGGAGGGGAAAACUAACAAAUCAAACAUUCCAACCAAUUAAUCUAAUUACAAAACAGGAAAACAGAAACCAAACAAAAUUCAUUUAAUACAAAAAAAAUCUUCAACAAAAAGUGGAUUAAAUAAUUUCCUUUAAAAAAACAAAAAUAAAGUCUAUGAGGAGAGUUGGUAAUCCCUGCAGUUCCCCAGUGGAAUGUCCCAAUCUCUGCUGAUUACUAUGGAUGGGCUCACCUGGGAUGGAAACUCAGAAAACAAACAAAAGGGAUGAAACUAUUGUUCUUACUUAAAACAAAUGAAAUGUGUGCACCCACUGUUAAUUUAUUUUAAGUAAACAAAGUAAAAGUGAAUGUUUUACUUUUAAAGAAAAAUGAAAUAAAUAUUAACACCUAUGUGGUGGUUUGAGGUUCAACCACCACACUGUUGAAACUGCACCGUGUUCUGAAAAAGAAUACUAUUUUGUCUUUUUUGUGUGUGAUUAAUAGUCGCAUACAUGGAUCUAAAAUUAUGUAGUUAAACUCAAUGAAGAUUGAAAUUGUUUAUUAAAUGUGUACAAAUUUGAAUGUACAUUUUGAAAAAUUUGUAAGUUUUUCAUCAACAAAACAUGAUGGCUUGAGUUUUAAUAAUGAAAAAUAUUUGAUUCACAUCUAGGCUGUAUUGUGUUGGUAUUCUACUUAUUAGCAGUGUAACGAUCAAUCAACUUAAUCAAUGAAUCAAUUUGUAUUCCUAUAAUCCCACCAGCUUUAUCUUUCUGAGGCAUGCUGUUAAUCGAAUUGACCUAUAACAUUAUAUAACUGUUUUAACCCAAGAGAACCCAGACCCAUUUUUCCUGAAAAAUUAAAUAAUGUAGGAUACACCAGAAAAAAAAACAACAAAAAAAAGUCUUAUAUUUUACUGUUAGACUGAUGUCAUCAUGGGUUGUUAUGGGUUAAAGUGAAAUAAACAGUCAAUGAUUGAGGCACAGGUGUUUUUUUUAACUAUAACAUACAAACGACAAAGUGCCAUCACAACACGUAUGAUGGCGGUGCCAUUUUAUACGUUUUUCCAAUUAUAUAAUAAAUGUUUUUUUGUUUUAAUUCCUGUUUUCUCAUUACUGUUCUGUUAUCUCUGUCAUAUUUGGAUAAUUGCUUUGGAUAUGCGCUGAAUGUUUGACCAAUUGUUGUUUAAAUCAGAAACCUAUGUAUGAACAGUUUCAUGUUGAUGUAAACCAUAGAAGAAAGAUCUUUUGUUGUUCAUGAUUUUGUAAAUAAAGAUGGACGGAGGAACAA